AUGUCACCGGAGAACAUUUACACCCGCCCCCAUAACCUUUUCGCCACACCAGACAUAAGUCCAGACGCAAAUAAGGAUGAGUGGAGGCAGCCUGGAGAUGUACAAAUUCUCCUAUACCCUUACUAUUCCAAGUUCGACGCACACGAGUUAAUCAAGAUAGCCAGAGCUUUAGUGAACCCCCGUGGUAAGGGAAUUUACGCGACAGAUGAAGCACCUUAUGCAAUGGAUGACCUGCUCGCUUCAUUGGAUGAGGAUCCCAAAUUGAACAAAACCCGUAGUGAAGAAGAUAAAAGGGAGCGCCGAAAGAAAUGGAGAGUGUGCAUGUACAGUGCCGCUCCGACUGAUUAUAUCUCUGGAGUGAUUCUUCACGACGAGACACUCCGCGAUUUUAAGCUAGCCGAGAUUCUAUCUGAGAAGGGAAUCAUACCAGGCGUCCGCGCCAACUUAGAACUGACACCGAUACCCCGAUCGGAAGAUGAGUUCAUAGUACAAGGACUCGACGACCUUCUGUCCAAGAUGCAAGCAGCCCGUGCCGAAGGCGCGCGGUUCUCCAAGUGGCGGGCACCGAUAGCUUGUAGUUCUGUUGAGGGUGGCUUCCCUUCACGCAUUUCUCUCGAGACUCAGGCCGAAACGUUGGCUCAGUUUGCAGCGAUUAGCCAGCAAGCCGGUUUGGUCCCCAUCGUUGAACCCGAUGUCGAUUUUUCGAGGGACGCAGAUCUUACGAGAAGUGCAGAGAUCCACGAGCAAGCAAUUGCCAUGAUCUACGAGCGCAUGAGAGCCCACGGCGUCUUGUUAGAAGGAUCCCUCAUCAAGCCCUCGUUCCCCCAACCUGGGCUGCGACACCCUUCCAGGUCUAAUGUCACCCCUGAAGAAAUAGCUGUCGCCACUGCCACAGUUUUAUCUCGUGCUGUGCCAGCAGCUGUUCCAGGAAUCUUAUUCUUAUCUGGAGGAUUGCCAUCUUCACAAGCGACGCAAUGGCUGGCGGCGAUAAAUGCGCUAGUACUAGCGUCUCCGCCGACAUCUCCUUUCACGAGAUUGCCACCUCUGACGUUUUCCUAUGGACGGGCAUUGCAGGGAGAGCCGAUGAAACAUUGGGUUAAGGGUGACGAAGAGGCUGCAAAAGCUGCCCUUGUGAAAUGGUCGAAGGCAUGUUGGCAUGCAGCGAGAGGAGAGGUUUUGUAA